AUGAAAGAAUUCAAAAUCGUCGUUUUGGGAAACGGAGGAGUUGGUAAAAGCGCAUUGACUCUUCAAUACGUCCAAGGAAUCUUCGUGCAUAAUUAUGACGCCACUAUUGAAGACUCCUAUAGAAAACUCUCAAAAGUAGAUGCUGAAAAUGCGAGACUUGAAAUUCUGGAUACGGCCGGAACGGAACAAUUCACGGGAAUGCGAGAAACUUAUUAUCGAACUGCACAAGGUUUUGUUCUUGUCUUCUCACUUGCAGAAACUUCGACAUUUGAGAACUUGAAGCAGACGAUUUUAGAAAUAAUGGCUAUUCGCGGAGAAGAGGUUCCGAUGGUUCUUGUGGGAAACAAAUCUGAUCUAGCGGAAACGAGGCAAGUCGAAGAGUCAGAUGCACAAAACUUCGCUCGAAAGUUGAGAAUCCCGUAUAUUGAAACAAGUGCUCGAUUGAACCAGAACGUUUCCGAGGUGUUCGAAGAAUGUGCAGUGUUGAUUCAAAAAAGUGCGAAAAAUCAUGUGGAGCGCCGUCGAUGGUCGUCUGAAUCCGAAAUCAGAGAUAAAAAAUGUAAAAAUUGGUUUAAAUCUUGCUGUUGUUGUCUAAUUCCUUGUUGUCCAACCGAUUAG